CUCUUCCUCCUCCGCCAUCUUGAGAUCAACGCGUCGUUGAAUUCAAGCAGCUCCUGCUCGCCAUUUUUACUCCCUUUUUGAAAAUGAGUGACCAGCUCUGUAAGCUCUUCGUCGGCGGACUGAACGUGGACACCGACGACGAUGGCCUCCGCAAGCACUUCGAGCAGUACGGGGCCCUGACCGACUGCGUGGUCGUCGUGAACAAGCAGCUGCAGCGCUCCCGCUGCUUCGGCUUUGUUACCUACUCCACACCGGAGGAGGCCGACGCCGCCAUGGCUGCUAGGCCGCACACCGUCGACGGCAACUCGGUGGAGGUAAAGCGAGCAGUGGCCAGAGAAGACGCAAACAAGCCCGAAGCUUUGGCUAAAGUGAAGAAAAUCUUCAUCGGUGGGCUGAAAGACGACAUUGAAGAGCAGCAUUUGACCGACUACUUCUCGCAGUACGGCCUGGUGGAGAAGUCUGAAGUCAUCUCCGAGAAGGAGACGGGGAAGAAGAGGGGCUUCGGAUUCGUGUACUUCACCGACCAUGACUCUGCAGAUAAGGCCGUGGUGGUGAAGUUUCACACCGUUAAUGGACACAAAGUGGAGGUGAAGAAAGCCCUGACUAAACAAGAAAUGCAGGCUGCGAGCAGGAACACAAUGGCGCCGAGAGGCAGACCGGGCCGCGGCAUGAGAGGAAAUCAAAAUGGCUACGGAGGCAGGGAAUAUGGCGGAAGCUACAACUACGGAAAUGGCGGCGGUGGCGGCUACAACUGUGGCGGCUACGGAGGGUACGGUGGACCGUACGGAGGCGGCUAUGGCGACCAGGGAAGCGGCUACGGUGGCGGCAACGGCUACAACGACUUUGGCAGCGGCUACGGCCAGCAGUCCUCUGGCUACGGUCCCAUGAAGGGGCCGCCUUUCGGGGGCCAGCGGAGCGCGGCUCCCUACGCCAGAGGCGGCGGUGGUGGCGGAUACCCCAGGGGGGGCUACGGCGGCGGCGGCUACUGAAAGGCGACACCCUGAAACAAGAACCCCCCCACUCCCCGCUACUCGUUACUCCCAGGCAUUUGGACGCAAAACUCAGUCACUAAUGGGGCGUCUGCCGUGAAUCCCAUCCAUGGCAGAGCCGCAGAGACACCCCUCCCACACCUGAACCCCCCAAACAGGUAGGAAGGUCACUUCCCUGAACACCUGCUUAACCCGAACAGCACUUCUUGCUGUUCACCUAGGACACACAAUUGAAGAAUUACACAUUCAAUGAUCCCUUUUUUAAUGUACCCACGCCACCAGUGUGAGGUUGUCUUUAGAGUUGGAUUUUUUUUUUUUUUUAUAUUUGCGUUCCGUCGUUGUGUUUGGAAAAAAAUGAUGUAGGAUUAUUUUCCUGAUAAGUUCUUAUUUUUUAAUAUUUGCAUUUUAAGCAGUUGGAUUCGAUUUUGUUAAAUUUAGAGAAAAAUUUAGUGUAUUUUCUUUUCAAUGUGAGGAUGAGAAUGUUUUUCUGGUUCAUAGAUGUCAUUCUUACUAUAAAUUUUUGUAUAAUUUUCCGGGUCAUCCAAGGAAAUUCACUACUGCAGGACUCUAGUUUCCCUCCCCAUAUUGUACUUUAAAUUCCUCUGAGCAUAUUGCUAGAUUCAGUCUAAAUACUGUUCAUUUUUUCCUGUAGCAAUAUCUAUUGUAUAUUGUGUACUUUCAUGUGUUGAGAACAAAAACUUAUUGUUGAAACAUUUUGGUAUGCUCAUGUAUGUUCAUUUUAAAUAAAACGUUAUACCACUUA